AUGAAAUCAGGCCAAGCAUUUUUAGCCAAGCGUCUGGCUCAACUAAUGAACCAAGGCGAGUCUGCCAAACGAGAUCGAAAACAACCGAUUGAUCAACCCAUUCCAAGUACUUCCAGACAAGACCAACAACAACCAAUGGAACAAGGCGAGUCAGGCAAUGCUGUUACAAAUCAAGUGGCUGUAUUAAGUCAGAAAUAUCAGAGAACCUUUGAUCGCAUGAAGAAAAGACUUGUAGAGUCUAAAAAGAUUGCAAAAGAAAAACGCGAAGAAUAUUGUAAACAUGCAGACCUCAAAUUCAGUCAGCAGUUAGCGUUAGCAAUGGGCAAAGAAAUAUCUGAUUCAACGUACGAUCCAGACACUGAAAAGAAAUUGGAACAAGAGUAUGUAGCGGCAAGGAAAAGAGUAUAUAGUGUCAGAUAUAAAUUGAAAAAGUUUAUGGAAAGGCAUGGUUUGAGAUUUGAAGAACCGGAUUUGGAUUGA